UUUGUCCAGAGAGAGUCUUGAAACGCAGACGUACGAUGAAUCCUGCUUUCUAUUGGCUCAGUGCGAUACCAGAAGGAGGCCUGACACUCAUGCUGCUCUGUGAUUGGUUACUUUAGUUGGAACGCACAGAGGGGCCCUUAACUGCUUAGAAGGCUGACAGAGGCACAUUGUGUUUCCUUCCAGACAGAAGGGUCAGUGAUGGCAGCUUCCCAGAGCCCCCUGUGACCAGGCCCUCCAUAGAGAGAGACCCCCUGGCCUGCCCUCUGUGCUGUGUAAGGAGCCACCUGUGACCAGGCCCUCCAUAGACAGAGACCCCUGGCCUGCCCUCUGUGCUGUGUAAGAAGCCCCCUGUGACCAGGCCUUCCAUAGGCAGAGACCCCUGGCCUCCCCACUGUGCUGUGUAAGGAACCCCCUGUGACCAGACCCUCCAUAGAGAGAGACCCCCUGGCCUGCCCUCUGUGCUGUGUAAGGAGCCACCUGUGACCAGGCCCUCCAUAGACAGAGACCCCUGGCCUGCCCUCUGUGCUGUGUAAGAAGCCCCCUGUGACCAGGCCCUCCAUAGGCAGAGACCCCUGGCCUGCCCUCUGUGCUGUGUAAGGAGCCCCCUGUGACCAGACCCUCCAUAGACUGAGACCCCUGGCCUCCCCACUGUGCUGUGUAAGGAACCCCCUGUGACCAGACCCUCCAUAGACAGAGAUCCCUGGCCUGCCCUCUGUGCUUUGUAAGAAUCCCCCUGUAACCUGUGACCAGGCCCUCCAUAGACAGAGACCCCUGCCCUCUGUGCUGUGUAAGGAACCCCCUGUGACCAGGCCUUCCAUAGGCAGAGACCCCUGGCCUCCCCACUGUGCUGUGUAAGGAACCCCCUGUGACCAGACCCUCCAUAGAGAGAGACCCCCUGGCCUGCCCUCAGUGCUGUGUAAGAAGCCCCCUGUAACCUGUGACCAGGCCCUCCAUAGACAGACACCUGGCCUGCCCUCUGUGCUGUGUAAGGAGCCCCCUGUGACCAGACCCUCCAUAGGCAGAGACCCCUGGCCUGCCCUCUGUGCUGUGUAAGGAGCCCCCUCUGACCAGUCCCUCCAUAGGCAGAGACCUGGCCUGCCCUCUGUGCUGUGUAAGGAGCCCCCUGUGACCAGGCCCUCCAUAGACUGAGACCCCUGGCCUGCCCUCUGUGCUGUGUAAGGAGCCCCCUGUGACCAGGCCCUCCAUAGACAGAGAUCCCUGGCCUGCCCUCUGUGCUUUGUAAGAAUCCCCCUGUAACCUGUGACCAGGCCCUCCAUAGACAGAGACCCCUGCCCUCUGUGCUGUGUAAGGAACCCCCUGUGACCAGGCCUUCCAUAGGCAGAGACCCCUAGCCUCCCCACUGUGCUGUGUAAGGAACCCCCUGUGACCAGACCCUGCAUAGAGAGAGACCCCCUGGCCUGCCCUCAGUGCUGUGUAAGAAGCCCCCUGUAACCUGUGACCAGGCCCUCCAUAGGCAGAGACACCUGGCCUGCCCUCUGUGCUGUGUAAGGAGCCACCUGUGACCAGGCCCUCCAUAGACUGAGACCCCUGGCAUGCCCUAUGUGCUGUGUAAGGAGCCCCCUGUGACCAGGCCCUCCAUAGACAGAGAUCCCUGGCCUGCCCUCUGUGCUUUGUAAGAAUCCCCCUGUAACCUGUGACCAGGCCCUCCAUAGACAGAGACCCCUGCCCUCUGUGCUGUGUAAGGAACCCCCUGUGACCAGGCCUUCCAUAGGCAGAGACCCCUGGCCUCCCCACUGUGCUGUGUAAGGAACCCCCUGUGACCAGACCCUCCAUAGAGAGAGACCCCCUGGCCUGCCCUCAGUGCUGUGUAAGAAGCCCCCUGUAACCUGUGACCAGGCCCUCCAUAGACAGAGACACCUGGCCUGCCCUCUGUGCUGUGUAAGGAGCCCCCUGUGACCAGACCCUCCAUAGGCAGAGACCCCUGGCCUGCCCUCUGUGCUGUGUAAGAAGCCCCCUGUAACCUGUGACCAGGCCCUCCAUAGGCAGAGACACCUGGCCUGCCCUCUGUGCUGUGUAAGGAGCCACCUGUGACCAGGCCCUCCAUAGACUGAGACCCCUGGCAUGCCCUCUGUGCUGUGUAAGGAGCCCCCUGUGACCAGGCCCUCCAUAGACAGAGAUCCCUGGCCUGCCCUCUGUGCUUUGUAAGAAUCCCCCUGUAACCUGUGACCAGGCCCUCCAUAGACAGAGACCCCUGCCCUCUGUGCUGUGUAAGGAACCCCCUGUGACCAGGCCUUCCAUAGGCAGAGACCCCUGGCCUCCCCACUGUGCUGUGUAAGGAACCCCCUGUGACCAGACCCUCCAUAGAGAGAGACCCCCUGGCCUGCCCUCAGUGCUGUGUAAGAAGCCCCCUGUAACCUGUGACCAGGCCCUCCAUAGACAGAGACACCUGGCCUGCCCUCUGUGCUGUGUAAGGAGCCCCCUGUGACCAGACCCUCCAUAGGCAGAGACCCCUGGCCUGCCCUCUGUGCUGUGUAAGGAGCCCCCUCUGACCAGUCCCUCCAUAGGCAGAGACCCCUGCCCUCUGUGCUGUGUAAGGAGCCCCCUGUGACCAGGCCCUCCAUAGACAGAGACCCCUGGCCUGCCCUCUGUGCUGUGUAAGGAGCCCCCUGUGACCAGGCCUUCCAUAGGCAGAGACCCCUGGCCUCCCCACUGUGCUGUGUAAGGAACCCCCUGUGACCAGACCCUCCAUAGAGAGAGACCCCCUGGCCUGCCCUCAGUGCUGUGUAAGAAGCCCCCUGUAACCUGUGACCAGGCCCUCCAUAGACAGAGACACCUGGCCUGCCCUCUGUGCUGUGUAAGGAGCCCCCUGUGACCAGACCCUCCAUAGGCAGAGACCCCUGGCCUGCCCUCUGUGCUGUGUAAGGAGCCCCCUCUGACCAGUCCCUCCAUAGGCAGAGACCCCUGCCCUCUGUGCUGUGUAAGGAGCCCCCUGUGACCAGGCCCUCCAUAGACAGAGACCCCUGGCCUGCCCUCUGUGCUUUGUAAGAAUCCCCCUGUAACCUGUGACCAGGCCCUCCAUAGACAGAGACCCCUGCCCUCUGGGCUGUGUAAGGAACCCCCUGUGACCAGGCCCUCCAUAGGCAGAGACCCCUGGCCUGCCCUCUGUGCUGUGUAAGGAGCCCCCUCUGACCAGUCCCUCCAUAGGCAGAGACCCCUGCCCUCUGUGCUGUGUAAGGAGCCCCCUGUGACCAGGCCCUCCAUAGACAGAGACCCCUGGCCUGCCCUCUGUGCUGUGUAAGGAGCCCCCUGUAACCUGUGACCAGGCCCUCCAUAGACUGAGACCCCUGGCAUGCCCUAUGUGCUGUGUAAGAAGCCCCCUGUGACCAGGCCCUCCAUAGGCAGAGACCCCUGGCCUGCCCUCUGUGCUGUGUAAGGAGCCCCCUGUGACCAGGCCCUCCAUAGGCAGAGACCCCUGGCCUGCCCUCUGUGCUGUUUAAGGAGCCCCCUGUGUAACCUGUGACCAGGCCCUCCAUAGGCAGAGACCCCUGGCCUGCCCUCUGUGCUGUGUAAGAAGCCCCCUGUAACCUGUGACCAGGCCCUCCAUAGACAGAGACCCCUGGUCUGCCCUCUGUGCUGUGUAAGGAGCCCUCUGUAACCUGUGACCAGGCUCUCCAUAGGCAGAGACCCCUGGCCUGCCCACUGGCUGUGUAAGGAGCCCCCUGUAAUCUGUGACCAGGCCCUCCAUAGACAGAGACCCCUGGCCUGCCCUCUGUGCUGUGUAAGGAGCCCCCUGUGACCAGGCCCUUCAUAGGCAGAGACCCCUGGCCUGCCCUCUGUCCUGUGUAUGGAGCCCCCUGUGACCAGGCCCUCCAUAGGCAGAGACCCCUGGCCUGCCCUCUGUGCUGUGUAAGGAGCCCAUUGCAACCUGUGACCAGGCCCUCCAUCGGCAGAGACUCCUGGCCUGCCCUCUGUCCUGUGUAAGGAGCCCCCUGUGACCAGGCCCUCCAUAGACAGAGACCCCUGGCCUGCCCUCUGUGCUGUGUAAGGAACCCCCUGUGACCUGUGACCAGGCCCUCCAUAGGAGCCUCCUGGGAGGGGGAAGAGGGGUCUCAGCCAUGGCUCAGAAUAUACUUACAGCCAGCAGUGACUGGGGACAUCACUAUGGGCUGCCAGUAUCCCUGUGUUACAUGAGCCGGUGGGGAUGCUGGCGGUAUGGAGGCUGUGCUGGCUGUCACAUAAUGUCUGUGUUUCCAAUAAUGCCUGUGUUUCUGUAUUGCAGGCUCGCUCAUAGUACUGAGUCACUUUGCGCUGCGGCUGGACUGGCAAGACCGCUAUCCUGAGGCAGUUUAAGUGUGUGGCGUGGCUUAUGAUUACAGCGGAUAGGGUCUGUGAUAUUACCUGGUCGCCGGCUGAAUCUGUGAGUCAAUGAAAUGCCGCGUAAGAAGCCAUUUAGUGCCAAGCAGAAAAAGAGACAGCUCCAAGACAAGCGGGAACGGAAGAGAGGUGAUUGCUAUUUUCCACUUCUGACGUGCAAAAGAAUGUUAUGUCUGUUAUAUUCCUGAAUUGUCUACUUUUAUCCAAAUUGCCAUUCAAACUUUAUCUAUCUUUAAGUACAGGUUCUAAGCAGUAACAGUUUUUUAUUUUAGGUUACAAAUGUUCGCAUAAUAUUAUCAUAACCGCCUAGCCGUUGGACAGUCUGUGUUGAUGUGUUUUAUCUUUCAGUGUAGUACGAAGAGUACUAAAUAAUCAGGACAUUUCUUGUUUGCACAUGUCUUAAAACUCCAUAUUUUUUGGAUGUCUGUAAAGUCAUUGGUCGUUUAAGGGUUAAUAAUCAUCCACUCUCGUUGUUUCUUCUUCACAGGACCAUUAGAGGCCGGUCGAUCAGAGUCAAACAGUCGAAGUGAGAGCAGGGAGCGGGGUGAGGAGAACACUGAUACAUCAGACAGCGAAAGUAUCAGACCCCAAGUCCGACGCAUCAAUCAACAACCCCAUAUAGUCCGACCUGGAGAGAAAGGAUAUGACCCGAAUAGGUGUGAAUAGGAAUAACAAUGGCAGUGUUUGUGUAAUAAUAUUUCCCAUAGGUUUUCCAGUCAUAGUGUCAGCCUUUAGAGUCUGUAUUAUCUUGCUGUAUUCAGGUGAGCUUGACCCUUGUGGGUACUUUGUGUAUUGCAGGUACAGACUUCACUUUGACAGAGACAGCAAGGAAGAAAUUGAGCGUAGGAAGAAAAUCGCUCAAGAAAAGAUCCUGGAGCCCGUAACAGAGGCAGAACUAGAAGUUGAUAUAGAGAAAAUCUACAGACCGGGGUCUGGUAAGAAAAAUAGCUGAUCCUUAUCUGAUUGCCAUGUCUGGGGGUAUAUUUAUUAUCUGUUGCAUACCUGAAAGGGAGAGGGUAUGCACUAAAUCCAUUAAAAAAAAAAAUUUCCAUUCUUUUUUAUUGAAAAUGUUUUUUUGUUUUUUUUUUUUCAUUUUAUCAUACAUAUGACAAAAUAGUUAAAUUUACAUACAAGACAAAGACAAGUGUAACAGUAACAAACAUAUAAUUUACAUUAUUACAACUGUUCCAAUCUUAAUAUCAGGUAAUUCCCAAGCUAAACGGCUAAGGAUAUCUUAAUAAAAAGAUAAUUUAUAUCUUAUAGAACUAUUGUGUAAAUAAAAAUAAAUAAAUAUAAGUCAGUCCUUUAAUUUAACUUAAGAAAAAACGCUUUACAUCAGUUAUCCUUAUUAUGACCUUUAUAAUUACAUAAUUAAUUCAAGUGACGUUGUCACUUGGGAUUUUUUUCAUAAUGACAGAUUCUUAAUGAAACACUGUUGGAUUUUGUAAACAUUUUUGAUCCAUUUUUUUUUGUAAUUAAAAUGUGUAUAUAUAUUUAUUUGUCUCAUGCGGGACCUGAUAUAUGCCUAGAUGUGACAUUAUGGAUUGCCUCCGUUACCUCGUCCUGUCAUUUCUGGGAGAUGAUGGGAAUAUGCAUUAACUUACGAGACACACAAGAUUUGCCUGGCAUCUUAUUGCACAUACACAUUGACAAUUAGACAAUGAAAACAGUGACUAUUAAAACAGCAUGCAUACCUUGUUAGUUUUUAUUUUACGCUCCACUAGUCCUCGUAUUUUAACAAUCUUUACUUCAAGUGAUUAUUCCAUCUGAUUUAUUGGUUUUGCUGCAGUUUUAAUGUUCAGCAUAACAAGUUCUGUUUGUUUACAUAGUAUACGUUCUGAAAACGCACAAAUAACUGCAGGGACCGCAGUCAAAAUAUAUACCUCACAAAUGCUUUCAAACCUACAUUUACAAUGUAUUUUACACAUCAAUCUUGCCACUUUACUCUUUUUCAUUUAAUAACGUGGUAAAUGGCUUAAAACAGAUUUACAUUAAUCCCAUGAAAAAUCUGACUUUGUUCAUUGCAUUUUUCUUUUCAUUGCUAUUCUUAUAUGGACAAUAUUAUUUUAAAGAAUGUUAAAGGAUCACUAUAGGGUCAGGAACACAAACUUGUAUUCCUGACCCAAUAGUGUUAAAACCACCAUCUAGCCCCCCCUGGGCCCCUCAUGCCUCCAUAAAUAUAGCAAAAUCUUACUGUAUUCAAGCCUGAAGCUGUAGCCCUGCAUGCUGUUUGAAUCCGAUAAACAAGCAGUCUGCUGACAUCAUCAGAAGUGGUAGCCUGAUCUAAUCACAAUGCUUCCCCAUAGGAUUGGCUGAGACUGACAAAGAGGCAGAUCAGGGACAGAGCCAGCAUGAUUCAAACACAGCCCUGGCCAAUCAGCAUCUCCUCAUAGAGAUGAAUUGAAUCAAUGAAUCUCUAUGAGGAAAGUUCAGUGUCUGCAUGCAGAGGGAGGAGAUACUGAAUGUUUGGAUGCAUUUUAGGCAGCCAUGACCCAGGAAGGAUCUCUAACAGCCAUCUGAGGAGUGGCCAGUGAAGUUAUCACUAGGGUGUAAUGUAAACACUGCAUUUUCUCUGAAAAGACUGUGUUUACAGCAAAAAGCCUGAAGAUAAUGAUUCUACUCACCAGAACAAAUUCAAUAAGCUGUAGUUGUUCUGUUGACUAUAGGGUCCCUUUAAUAUUGUAUAUAUUGCAUAGAUCAGGGGUGCCAAAUAGGUAGAUCCUCAGAUGUUGUUGGACUACAGCUCCCUUGAUGCUUUGAAUGCCUUUAGUGAAAAUGCCUGAGGAUUUACCUUUUGGGCACCCCUGGUGUAGAUGUUUAUGUGUAUGCAUACUACAAUUCACAAACCAUAUUUUCAUCACUUCUUCGUUAAGGAGUUCUGUUGCCUUAUUUUUUCUUUUCUAGCAGGCGUCUUUAUGCAUGAACACAAACAAAAAUGUUUUGCCACUGUACUAUAUUUCACAAAAAAAAACAUUUUUAUUUCCCUAAAACAGUUCUCGAUUUUCCAAAAAGGCCGGCCUGGGGUUACGAGAUGAGUAAGGAAGCCGUGCUGUCCCAGGAGGAGAAGGCUUUCAGGGAAUAUUUACAGAAGAUCUAUGAGAACCACAGUCCUAGAGAAUUGAGUUAUUUCGAUCACAACCUGGAGGUGAGACACCAGUUUUACCCAAACUGUUUGGAGCAAGCUGCUCUGGUUAGAUUUCAUCCACUGUGACUUUAAUCUGCAUGAACAAGUUCUCUCUUUUAAUAGCUUGCCAUCAUAAUCCUACUGCCGUCUGGAGGCUUUCCAUAGGGAAUUCUAUGUUUUUUUGUUUUUUUAACCGUCCCAUUCCAUACCACCCCCCCAAAAAUAUUGCAAUAUGUCCUCCAUCUAUUCUUAGUUGCAAGUCUUUACUCAUCUCUCACUGUGUAUUUCAGACGUGGCGCCAGCUAUGGAGAGUUCUAGAGAUGUCAGAUGUUAUAUUGCUUAUAACAGACAUCAGACACCCGGUAACUAUUACUCUGAUACUUAUUUAGUGCUUUCAUUUUGAAGUUCGUACGCUGUGUGCAUCUUGCCUUGUAACUGUAUUAUAAUAUUUAAUAUCUGUCAGGUGCUGCACUUCUCUCCUGCCCUCUAUGACUACGUCACAAAAGAUCUGGGGAGAUCUCUGAUCCUGGUCCUCAAUAAGACUGAUCUGUGCCCACCAUCCUUGGUUGUAGCCUGGAAGCAUUAUUUCCAAACAAAGUUCCCCGAAGUCCACGUGGUUUGCUUUACAUCCUACCCCCGGCACCCUGAGGAUGAGCAGGACCCCUCUUCAGGUGUGUGUGUGUAUGGUAUGAUGGGUUGGGCUAGAUCUUGGGGUCUUUGGCAUUAUCCACAGAAUAAUUGACUAAGAUUUGUCCACACAAGAUUUCUGAUUGCUUGUGUUUUUUUUGUGUUUUUUUCAGUAUUCAAAAAGCGUAGGAAGAGACGUAGGGUGUGGAGCAGCGCAUUGGGCCCCAAUCAGCUCUUGCGAGCCUGUGAAGUCAUCACAGCUGGGAAAGGUACCAUGAUACAAAUAUCAGAAGCUCUCUUUCAGCAUGCCAUCUUCUCAUUAAGCGGUGUCAUGUUGUAAGAUAAAGAACAUGGUGUAUGAAAGUAGUUUUCCUCCUGUUAUUCAUUAUUGUAUGUACUGACCGCUAACUGUCUUCUGAAACAGGUGUUUGCUUGUUUUGGUAUUACACACAUAGUCGCAACUUUUUGAAUUGCUGGAAUUGCGACAGAUUCUUUUUAAUUAGCUUGUAUAACAAUUUUUAUACAAAAUGUUAUGUUUCCCCUUCUGUUUAACAUAACUCGCCUAAUGUAUUUUUUUUAUUGUGUAUAUGUACAGUAUCUCACAAAAGUGAGUACCCUCUUCAGAUUUUUGUAAAUAUUUUAUGUUUUCAUGUGACUAACACUGAAUAAAUGACACUGCUACAAUGUAAAGUAGUAAGUGUACAGACUGUAGAACAGUGUAAAAUUUCUGUCCCCUCAAAAUAACUCCGCACUCAGCCAUUAAUGUCUAACCCGUUGGCAACAAAAGUUGAGUUCACCCCUAAGUGGAAAUGUCCAAAUUGGGCCCAAUUAGCCAUUUCCCUCCCCAGUCUCAUGUGACUCGUUAGUGUUACAAGGUUUCAGGUGUGAAUGGGGAGCAGGUGUGUUAAAUUUGGUGUUAUCGCUCUCACACUCUCUCAUACUGGUCACUGGAAGUUCAACAUUGCACUUCAUGGCAAAGAUCUGAAAUAAAUAAUUGUCGCUCUACAUAAAGAUGGCCUAGGCUAUAAGAAGAUUGCCAAGACCCUGAAACUGAGCUGCAGCACGGUGGGCAAGACCAGUUUCACAGGACAGGUUCCAUUCAGAACAGGUCUCGCCAUGGUCGACCAAAGAAGUUGAGUGUAUGUGCUCAGCGUCAUAUCCAGUGGUUGUCUUUGGGAAAUAGACGUAUGAGUGCUACCAGCAUUGCUGCAGAGGUUGAAGCAGUGGGGGGUCAGCCUGUCAGUGCUCAGACCAUACGCCACACAUUGCAUCAAAUUGGUCUGCAUGGCUGUCAUCCCAGAAGGAAGCCUCUUCUACAGAUGAUGCAUAAGAUAGCCUGCAGACUAAGGACAUGGAUUACUGGAACAAUGUCCUGUGGUCCGAUGAGACCAAGAUAAACUUAUUUGGUUCAGAUGGUGUCGAGCAUGUGGCGGCAACCAGGUGAGGAGUACAAAGACAAGUGUGUCUUGCCUACAGUCAAGCAUGCUGGUGGGAGUGUCAUGGUCUGGGCCUGCAUGAGUGCUGCCAGCACCGGGGAGCUACGGUUCGUUGAGGGAACCACGAAUGCCAACAUGUAAUGUGACAUACUGAAGCAGAGCAUGGUCUCCCCCCUUCGGAGACUGAUAACAACCCCAAACACACCUCCAAGAUGUCUAAAAAAGUUAAAGGUGUAGAUGAUAGACUCGCCAAGCAUGUCUCCAGACCUAAACCCUAUUAAGCAUCUGUGGGUCAUACUCAAAUGGAAGUUGCGGGAGCACAGGGUCUCUAACAUCCACCAACUCUGAUGUUGCAACCUGUGAAGCUCUGGUGAACUCAAUGCCCAUGAGGGUUAAGGCAGUGCUGGAAAAUAAUGGUGGCCACACAAAAUGUUGACACUUUGGGCUCAAUUUGGACAUUUCCACUUACGGGUGUACUCACUUUUGUUGCCAACGGUUUAGACAUUAAUGGCUGUGUGUUGAGUUAUUUUGAGGGGACAGCAAAUUCACACUGUUAUACAGGCUGUACACUUACUACUUUACAUUGUAGCAGAGUGUCAUUUCUUCAGUCUUGUCAAGUGAAAAGAUAUACUAUAUUUACAAAAAUGUGAGGGGUGUACUCACUUUUGUGAGAUACUGUAUGUAAGUGUGUGUGUUUGUGACGAAUGACAGUCAAGAUCAGUAAUUCUAAGGAAAAAGAAAUCGGAUUUUACACAGACACCCACAAAAUCCGAAUAGAAGCUCCUCGUAAAAUAUAUCAUGGUGAUAUAUCACAAAUUAUUUUAGCUAGACCUUUUCAUUUCUGUUACGUAAGAAACAUGAUAAUGUCUGGAUUUUGAUGCUCACGUGCUGUAACAUAUUCCAUCUAUUAUUUCUUCUUGUCUUUUCUAUAAUCACAUCUCCCCUCUUUCUCACCUUUACCUGUUCCCAUCUGCAGUUGACCUCACAAGUUGGCGAAGGAAAAUAGAAAGAGACUCUGCAGCGCUAUGUAACCCUGCCAACGACCGGGCGGAAAGUAUAGUGGAUUCAGGAGACGCCGUCCUCUCCCAGCAGAUCUCCGAAGCAGAAUUGGGAACACCCAGCCGAGAGCUCUACAAAGAUGGAGUGCUGAGCAUUGGCUGUGUGGGUGAGAUGGGUCUGCUAAGAUUUCUCAAUUCCUUUUCUUUUAUUCCUUGGAGCAAACCGUAAAGUCCACAUCCUUCAUAUUUGUUUCAGUAUCCUUUUUCUAAACUCUGCCUUUAAAUUCUAUUCUAAUACUCUCCUGUGCUCUGUCCUUACGCCACAGGAUUCCCCAACGUAGGUAAGUCAUCCAUAAUAAAUGGGCUUGUGGGUCGGAAGAUUGUUAGUGUUUCACGGACUCCAGGACACACCAAAUACUUCCAGACUUACUUUCUGACACCUACCGUACGCCUCUGUGAUUGUCCUGGACUCAUCUUCCCAUCUCUCGUUGAUAAGCAACAACAGGUAAGUGCACAUUGAAAGCAAUACAAUAGGAACAUUUCUUUCUGUGAGUAGUUAAUGACAUCUGUCUCCGCAUUGAAAAUGUUUGCGCUCUUUGUGGGAGCUGCUAAAAACUUGACCUUCUAUUGAUUAGUGGCAUUUAGUCGCAUAGACCCGCUGUGUGAUUUUAGAAGUGUGCAAUGUCGUAACCUUUCAAUAAAUGGGGAAAACCAUGCUUCCAGGUUGGAUUAGGCUGUACCGUAUGCCACCGCUCCACAUGCAGGGUGCUUGGUUGCGCAUAUAAUAUAACCUGUGUGCGCCUGUAAUCCGCUCCUCCCCUCCAUACGUACACACUUUUGCAUUUGGCAUAGAUGAUAUUACUAAAUAUGGUGUCAGAAGUGCCACAAGAAUGUAUUUUAUUUGUGUAGUAUUAUUUCUCAAUAUGACAUAAUAGGCAGCUUAUCUUUAAUAAUCUGCACUGACUGUAAGUGUGUGUAUUUAUUUUGUAUGUUUUCGCUCUGAGUUUUGAUUCAUUUUCUCUCUAACAGCUUCUUGCUGGGAUAUAUCCAAUCGCUCAGAUUCAGGAGCCCUAUACGUCAGUGGGAUACCUGUCCUGCCGAAUAGCUGUCCCACAGCUUCUCAAGCUUUCAUACCCCAACGGGGUAAAGAAUGGUUGGACUGCCUGGGCUAUUUGUGAGGGUGAGUGACUGAUUAAAUCUUAAAUGCGUUCUUUGUGGGUUAUUAGUCACAAAGUGAUUUCUCUCAUUCUGAAUCUUUUUCCUCUUAGCUUGGGCUGAUAAACGAGGGUAUAAAACUGCAAAGGCUGCUCGCAGUGACACGUACAGAGCAGCUAACAGCAUCUUGCGGCUUGCUGUGGACGGGAGACUUUGCAUGUGUAUGAGGCCUCCGGGGUACACCCAGCAGAAAGGUAAUGGUAACAUACCCUCCCCACUUGCCCCUAUAUCCUCUUUUUAUCUUUAUUCUGUGCCCACAUCUUGUCUGUUAAAACUCGCCCUUCUCCCCUCAGAGUCCUGGGAGCAGCAUCCAGAGACUCUGGAAAUUGUAGCCCAUAUCCAGGCCCAGGGCCACCCAAAUGAUGACUUGUCUUCAGGUGGAGAAGAGGAGGAGGAGGAGAUCUCCAGUUCUGGAGAGGAAACAGAGGAGCGAGACCACGAUGCUGAUGAAGAGGAGGAUGCAGAAGAAACCCCAACACCAUCUCAUUCUAAGAAAGCUGGAAAACCCAAAAUGUCUGAUUCAAACCCUUUUGCCCUCCUGGGGGAAGACGAGUGUUAAAUUUGGCAUGGGGAGGGAUUAAGUAUAUGGGUUCAUGCUUUGUAAGAGGCAGUUUUUCUGCGCCCAUUCAUUUUAUUUCCCUUAUGUAUUAUCCUUUCAUGAGUUAGGUUUGGUCUCCGUUAAAAUGGCUGACUUUCCGAGCUCAGUGACUGAGUGAGCAGUCCUAACUCGGGAUGUUCUGCUUACACUCUACCUGGCUGACCUAAACUGAGAGUGAUUUUUGACGGACAUGAUUUGAGAGGAGAGCACAAAGUAAGUGAGAAGCUUGGUUCUCUAGAGCAGUGCAGGGUUAAGGGAUUACCCAGUUCUUUUUGCGUGAAGACUUCCAGUCCAUUAAAACAUUGAAAAGACACGUAGCUUUGUUUUGGAGGGGAUGCAGGAGGUUAGGUUUCCAGGAGCAAUGGCACCAUUUUAAUCUGUUACAAUAUCUCCAAAUCUAGAUAGGUCACAAUAUAAAAUGUCAGAUGGUGGUCCAGUUGCCCUGGGUGGGCUCUUACAAAUGAUUCCUGUAUGAAAUAAGAUUCCUGCUGUAUUACAACUCUUCCUUCUCCCAUUUUCCCAGCAAGUUCCCUAAUCUAGCCACAUAUUUCAAAUGGCUGUUGAUGAAAACCCUCUUGUUUAAGGUUUGGCGUGUGAAAAAUGUAUUUGCUGUGUAAUUGAGGUGAUCGUGUGAUACUAACGACCUGAUGCUAUCAUUCUGAGUGGGGCUGUGAUUGGCUGAGAAUGCAGAGUUUUCUCUAAGCUCAUGCCUGACGUGUGAUUAGCAGGGGAUUCCAAUCAUUCCCACUAUCCUUCUAUCGGCCCUUAUUUUGUCUAAAGUUAUUUGUCCAAAGGACUAAAGCAGUAGCUCAGUCUGUCCUGACAAUAUACAUGUCCUCACCCACAAACUAAUUUCAUGUUUGGGCACCUGCCCUGGAUAUUGUCAGGGUAUUUGCCAAACUGUGAAUUUUUCUGAGUUAAAUUCAGAUGGAAAAAGGUUUAUCUGGAAAAGAAACAUUAACUCUGUUAAUCUUUUUCCUCUGUUUUCCAUUCAGAUUUAGACCUCGAUUUUAAUAUUUGUUUUGAAUAAUUUGAAAAUCUUAUUCAAACAUAUUACAUUGAGGCCUUAAUUGGUGAAGAUUCUGAUAGUCUCAUCCUCUGCCCACGUGUGUGUGUGUGUGUGUGUGUGUGUGUGUAUGUAGUGUAAGUGUGUUCGGAUUGUGUGUAAGGUUUUGCCCCCUCCACAUCACUCUUGUUUUCCAUUUUAUUUUUUAGCUUCAUUCCCACCCCCAUUUUUCAAUUUCCUGGUAAAAGGCAAUUAUUGAUAUUGGCACUGUGAGGUUUAUAUACUAAAUCUUGAAUUGAAAACAAAAUCUGCAGAAAUCGCUCAGCUGAACAAAUUCUACUUUAUUCCUAAAUCUGCAAUUUUGGUAUUGCAAAUUUUCUGUGAAUUCCACCUAAUUCACUAUUUAGGGAAUCGCUUUUUGGCUUUUCCAGCUAUAACAUUUCAUAAAAUAUGACACAUUGAAAGGGGACCAUAGCGCCAGAAAAAUCUGAAACUACAAUUUCAAAAUCUGACCAAUUAUUGAAAUACAGGCAUUUAAAAAAAAAAAAAAAAAAAAAUCUGUUCACUAAACCAGAUACUAAGGAGAAUUGAAUGUAUAUUGAAAACAAUAAAAUACAAUAUACACUUAUAUUUUUUUGUGCCACAGUUUAGCAAAAAAAGUUUGUGUUUCAGAAUUUUUCCAUUGAAGCUAUUUUGGAGUAAACGUUACCAUUUGUGGUUUGUGCGUCAGAUUUGGGGACGUUUGACGAUCUGUUCAAUAAACCUGUUGACAUUCCGCAGUACUGUCCGAGUGGGCUAGGUAUUGGCAGGGAUUAUAAUCCUGUUGGGAUAUAAAUAAAUGCUGUACUUGGCUGAGAGGGAGGGACUACAAUUCUCAAUAUCCAGCAAACUGCUACAAUCAGCUGAGAACAAAAGAAAUCUGUGCUUUAUUUGAAGAGCAGGUCCUUCCCUGCUCCUGACCUUUGCUUUUCAGGCAUGAUGGCCUCUCCCUCCCCUUUGCUUCAGAUGUCUAUUUUGCUGUAUACAAAAUAAAUAUAAUUCUAUUUAAUGAUUC